AUGGCCAAAACCUUUGUUUAUUUGGUAUUAGUCUUUAUUAUCCUAUCAAACAAUGUCUUUCAUAUCACGGGUCGAAAUUUGAGAGUUGGAAAAGACUCGAAUAGUGGCCAAGGUAAGUACGUGACUACUUUCCCAAGCCCAGAUGAGUCUGGUGGGCACAAAGUUACACCUGAUCAAGAACACUCAAAUGCUUUCUGGUUGGGCUCGAGUCCCGGUUUAGGUCACUCGUCCGAAGGGAAAAGCGUUAAAGUUGAUGAAGAAAAUGUUAAUGCUUUUCGAAGUACGAACCCGGGUCCUAGUCCGGGAAUAGGUCAUUCUAUAAUCAAUGGUCAAUAA